CUUUAGAUCCACGUACAGCUCAUGUGUAUUACAAUACUGUAUGCCCAACGUCUGUGUGACAUCAUUGUACAUGUGAUUCUAUGCUACAUGGAACUACUGCUACAAUUCAGUAUCACAACAUUGGUCAGAUUGUCAGUUAUGAUUCUGAUGAGUGAUGUUGUGUAGCUUGUGCUUCUACCACACAAGUACCAUGAAAAAUACAUUGUUUUGCAGCUUUUCGUUGGAUCAGCAGAGCAAGUAGUCCGAUAGUCCUGUGGAGUUGACUACUACGUCAACUACACAUGGUACAUGUACGCAGUGAGCUUGCGGCGUUUAUAACGCACACAGUGAGCAGGGAAUUUGUAACUGUAUCGCGCACUUGUUUACCUAGCUAAACAUCGACAAUAUGGCUAAGGAUAUGAACACGCUACGGGCGGUCUACACUGUGUUCCUCUACACAUGUUCCUUCCUUUGUACCAUUCGUGUUGUCUGUGGUCAAUUUCACUGUUAUUGUAACUCACCACGCUGUGCAUCUUAUAACUACAUGUGCGAAUCUCAACUUGGCUGUUACUCCCAGCUUGUAGACAGUGAUGUUGAGUCCGAUGAUCCUUAUCUUCAUGGAUGUAUCGAGUCAAUCACGAUGGAGAAAUGUGAAGAGAUUGCCAGGGCUAAUGAAUCCACAUCUACCCCUGCUCCCGAGACCGAAUCAGCUAGAUUUCAGGAGUUAGCAUGCUGCUUUGAGAGUAUGUGUAACAAUGUAGACGGGUCGAAGGUCAGGACGGGUCAAGACAGGCCAAAUCAAGAAUAUAAGUUGAUUGAUGAUCACUACACGCAACCUUAUGAAGCAGUUAGUGACCAGGCAGUGUGGUUCCGAGCUGCAGUGAUUGCAGUUCCCAUCGCUGGGGCUUGUAUCUUAAUUGGGCUCAUCUUAAUUGCUGCACGCAUGCUCAGAAGCGAAGAUAAACAAUUCACCAAACUAAACGUGGAUGUUCGACAGAGGGCGAUAUUACGGACUCACAACGCACAUAAUACGACUAUUCAGAGAGCACCGCAGUUUCUCGAUAAUUCUCGCUUGAAAAACAUCAAUAUCACGGGAAAUAAACUUGUCGAUCCGUUCAAUGGGAGACAACACAACAACAAGAUAAAUAACAUGAACAAUAUGGCGAAGGUUACCAACGAACUUUUGCAUCACCAGCGAUGUGUCAACGAGUGCCCCAGACUAAUUCCAACACAACACUGUGGGAAAAUGUACAGGGAAAACUUUGAUGUUGUAUAGCACCAAGAGGACUUCUUCAUCAACUCACCUGAGUCACCUGAUAUUAUUGACUUAACAUUGAAUGUAAUUUUACCGUGUAUUUUUGUAUAUCAUUAUGUAUAGUGUACAGUAUCAAAUAGAGAAAAAAACUAUGUACAUAAGUGCGCUUCAUAUUGUUUUAAAAUAUCCUUAAAGGUUGUUAUUAUAAUUAUACUGUUGUUGAAAAUAUAGUUAUUAAUGGUGAGACGAUAUUUACUUUAAAAGUGUAGGAAAAUGUACUUUCAUGACACGGUUUUGUAGACUUUCCAUGAGGAAUAAUUUGCUUAUUUUUUGUGAUUGUGGUGAAAGUCAUGACACUCGAAAUUCAGUUUGUAAGAAAAUUGAAUUGUUAAGUUGGUCAUUACUUAACUUUUUUAUUCGAUUGUGCUUGUGGGACCUCAGAUUGCACUUGGGUUUUAAAUACAUAGGGAAUCAUUUAUUAAUUAACAAAGGCAAGGUAUACUCUUGGUAGUUGACAAAGACCAAUAUUACACUUGGUGUAGGGCCUAGCCAAGCAUAACAUGCAUACAAACACAAAUUGUGAAAAUUUGGGCUUAAAUUUUAUUCAAACUAGCAAGAAAAGGCACCCUUGUUGCUUACUUCAGUGCUUUGAGAAGGCUUCAUACCCGAAGCCUUUUUUAUGUUUAACUUUUGUGGUGAAGAUUUACCUCUUUCUAUUUAACUACAUUACUCCAAAGGAGGUUGUUUUUAUUAUUGUUUAUAAUAUCAACAAAUAUCCACUGCUCUUUACCAAGUGUUGUCAUGGUGUUUAAUUGUUUGAGUUUUAUUACCAAAAGUAUACCCUCCCUUUAAGGCAGUGCAUUUAAAAGAUGCAUGGACAUCCUUUCACGGGAGCAUUUUAUUUGUAAGUAAAACACAGUGAAGCGGCAUCUAGAAAUUAUUUAUUUUAAAGGAAAAACAAUAAUAGGAAAUAAUUUGAGUCGGUAGUUGGGAAAGUAUAAGGUAUUAUUUUGUGACUGGCUUUCACUUUCUAGCUCAGUAUAAUGGCCGUUGAACAGAUCCUUCAUGGAUUGUAUCCAUUUUAGUAAAUACAGUUAUGACAAUUUAUUCAAAGAUCACAGCACUCUUAUCUUGAGGAGAAAGAAACAACACUAACAACUAUUCUAGAUUUCGAAUUGUAGAAACAUUGUUGUUGCUUUGGGUUAUUGAUCAUUUCAAGUUGCAACAAGCAGGAUGAUAUUUUAGUAUGAUGACCGAUUUGUUUUACCCUUCGAAAAACCAGCAAAAUUAUUCAAUCUUAAAGAGUAUAUUCAAGCCAAUGUCAAAUGUCACAUGUGUGCCAGGACUGGUGGCCUGGCCUACUCAAUGUUCCUAUUUUUCUAAGAGCUAGGUAUCAUUUGCGAAAAAUUCACACAAAUAAAUGGUUUUCGAUUUGCUCAAUCGCACUUAUCUCACUUAACAAGUUACUGUUUAGGGCCGUAUGUGAAUUGGUGGCUGGUCUCAGCUACGGCUACGACUGUUGCUAAGGGUGUUGCUAAGGAUAUACUGUCAUUCAAUGCAUGAUUAUGCUUGAAUCUAGCCGUAGCUGUAGCCACUAGUUCAGACAUGGCAGUCAUUCUAAUGUUUUAUAAUAAAACAAACAGUUAUAUGAUAUAUCCAGCUUUUUGCAAUUGUUUGCAAACGGUGCUUUCUUGUGAGUCAACGGUAUUAAACUAAUAAACUCAAGGGCAGAAUUCAGUUAACAAUUCCAACCCGUUUCCAAACCAUUGAUUGGACCACACUGGUAUCUAUGCAGGCAUGUAAAUCUUAAUAAACUUUAGAAAGUUUGUAUUUUGGACGCAAAUCCAAAGACGCUUUCAUUUUUUCAUAAAGGAAUCUUAAGUAAAACAACUGAGUAAUUAAUUAAUUACAAUAUGUGGUGAUAAAAACAUCCACGCUGUAACUUGCCUCCAUUGAAAUACUUAGGAGUUUGGAGAUGACUGCAUUUUAUAUAAAUUAUAAGCCAUAGUGCUAAUACUGCUUCCAAUUAAAUGACCCGUAGUUUUGGUUUAGAAAUGUUCCCAGCCAACUUGCAUCAGGUUCUUGGCUGCGUGUUCUUGACGGAACUCCAAACACGUAACACACUUUCAUAUCGACACACUUUUUUAAUGACAGUUGAGAUGGAUCUAGAAAUGUUUACAUGUUAUUUGGAUUAUUUUGUGACAAAUAAUUGUUAAAACAAGACAAUAGUGAAUGAAAUUAAGCUUCUAAGUUGAUGUCAUUUUUUUCCCUAAUGCUAAUUCGGACUAUUAUCAGUCAGUGUAGGUCUCAUUUUGUUGUUAUUUGUAUGCAUCUCAUGCACAGUAAUGAAACAUUUUUAAGAGGUAAACAAAUGACUCGCCUGAGGAAUAAAAUGGGACACACUUUGUCUUGUCCUCUUGUUCUCACCAAUUCGAAUGAAUCGAGGAACCGUGUUGUUAUAAUAACAAAUUUAUGUCUGACAAUAAAUAUUAUUGACAACUUA